CUUUGCUGCUGCUGCUGCCCCCCCUGGUACUCUCCCGGCUACACCUGGACUACAUGCUAAGUACCCAUCAUGAAUUUCCAAUCCUCGACAUCCCCUUUCCGUACCGAUCACCCUCAAGUGGCAGAAGAAGGAGGCCCAUACAGAAAGCGAAAACGGCGGAUCUUGUCGUGUGAAGCAUGUCGACGCCUAAAAUGCCGCUGCGACUUCGAUGCGGCAAUGCAGACCUGCUACAGGUGCCGUACACUGAGGGUUCACUGUUCGCUCAGCGCAAAUUCGCAUGCGGACAAUGUCGAUGCGAGUGCGAGUAUUGAUACACCGAAUACUCUGGUAGAGAUUGAGCAACGGUACUGCACAUCACACGAUACCAUGCAGAUAUUCGGUUAAUUUUCCUCGCACCAGGUUUCGUAGAGUCGAGGAUUCCCUGCAGGAAAUCAAGUCUAUUCUACUGGAUAAACAGUCGCAGAAACAGCCGGACGAAGGGAGAUGUCGCCCCUCUAUUCCUGAAGCGAUCGAAGAUGAGGAGAGCACCCAGCAAUCUGAAUGUCAUGAUAGUCGACCUUGCGCUCCACCUUUGCAUUUUGAUGCUCCUGAUGCUCAGGAUGACGUUCAUCUUGCUCCCGCCGCUGUGAUACGGCGUCUUUGCAUCCAACUGAGCGGUAGGAGGAGGAGACUCCUAGAAGGAGUCAAUGAUGAUCUUGUGGAGCUCGGGAUGCUGAGCAAGCAGGACGCUGAUAUGCUUAUUCAGUCGUUUCUCCGACGUUAUCGUUCCAACUACUUCAUCAGCAACCUCAAAGGCAUUGUAUUAGACACGAACAAGGACCUCCGAGCUACUUCGCCGUUUCUUCAUGCCGUUUGUUGUUUGCAUGGCAUGGUUAGCGAAGAAGAGUAUAGUGUAUCUCCUCUUCAUCGAGAAGUCUAUGAAGAAGUCAGACGAAAGCUCGGACAAGUUCUUCUGGCGACUCCACUGCCACUUGAAGAGCUCCUCGCAAUUAGUGCUAUGUGCCUCUUUGCCAGCGCCCCUUCGGUCGGACCGGAAUAUAUUGACAGCUGGGUGCUGAGCGGGCACUGCGCUCAGCAGGCGAUGUUGACAAUUAACUUUGCCAAAAUCUCCGCAAAUAUCAAGUCUGGGGAUGCAUCGCUGGAAGACCAAAAAGAUGUACGUCUUUGGGGGAGCAUCUGCUUGAAUCAUUUACAGUGGGCUGCUGCAACAGGACGUCCCUCAUUCCUUCCGCCACACUAUACCGCUUACUGCCUCUUGACACUCGACAUCGGCCAGGCCACAAUCGAUGACGCCAUGAACGUUGCCGAGAUUAUGCUCUACUCUUCCAUCGUCGCUCCCAGCGAAAGGCUGUUAUCUCUGUCUACCGAAGGAGACUGCCCGGAAAUAGAAGCAUGGAGUCAGAAGUGGAAGCAUCUUUUUAACAUGCCACAAUCAAUUUGUUUGAAACUGGGUUACCACAUAGCAUACCUGAUUCUCGCAAAGCGGGCACUGAACAUCUCGCGUGCGAAUCACAGCCACGCAAGUCGCCACAUGUCUACAGAGGAGGACUUCACCAACAGUAAGGAUAAACCUUCCGGAUCUACCAAUGCAGACAGGGAUACGGAGAGAACUGCUCAUCCAGGACACCGGCCAACAAUGUUUGAGGUGAUGGUUGUCGACUCCGCCAUUCUCGUCCUGCAGACACUCUCACGAAUGAGUGACAAUCAAACACGCUGCCUCCCCGUGUUUUACUCCGUGUGCAUUACAUACUCGAUCCUCGUUGUAUCUCAUUAUAGGCAUUCCUCCUCAGAGAUCUCCGAUGAAUCACUGCUCGGCCUGUUGACUCGGCUGAAGGCCUUGAGCGCGGAUGCUAAGAUGUCGAGCGCUAUGAAGUUCGCUAUAGACAAAGCCAUGACGAAAAUCGCAACUAGAUCUCAUAAACCAAUUUGCCAACAGUGUCGGUGUUACCAUACACAAUACCCGUGUGGUAAUACUGAUGUUAUUCCACAGGACCUUGAUUCUCUUCGUGAUACAAGUCAUCCACAAAAGUUAGAGAUCGCGGGUGUUGAGCAUGAUAAGGACCGCUAUGACGCCGGCAGGGAAGGGGCACCCUCUGAUAAGCCAACAGACUUUCAGCCAGGCAACAGACACGCCGGUCUAUGGGAGGAUUUGCCUUGGGACGUUCGGAACUGCUUUGAGGACUUCUUCAGUGUGGGUGGAAUUGACCAUUCGAAAUUAGAACAAAUGGUACCCUGUGUUUGAUAGAGAUUUAGCAAUCCAUUUUUGGAAAAAAACAACUUCAG